GCGGUUCGUGGAUAAAAUGAAUAAGUCGCGCAGGAUCCUCCUGAGGAUCCUUAUCCUUUUGCUAACGAUAUCGGGAAUCACGGCGAACGGUGGAGAUAUUCCCUUGCGAUGCGACGAGUACGAUUCGAUGGGAUAUAUGGACGAGAACGAGGCCUUUUGCACGGUCACCGGAUUCACGGUCACCCACAGCCAGAAUGUCGUGAUAAAAAACAUACCGCCGGGAAAUAUGGUCAAGUUCAUGAAGUUCUACGAAUCGACGCUGCUCUAUAUGCCCUUCCACCUUUUCGAGACGUUUCCGUAUCUGAAAACCCUGGACGUGUCGAACACGAAUAUUUUGGAACUAACCAGAAACGCUUUCAGUGCGGCCAGUAAUCUAACCUAUCUGAAUCUGGCCUAUAAUAAUUUGACCACCAUUCAGACAUCGGUUUUUAUAGGAGCCAAUGUCCUGAUGCGAUUGGAUCUGUCCUACAACGAUAUAUCCUCGCUGAGUGUUAAUGCCUUUUGUGGGCUGCACACAAUUAGUCAAAUUUUUCUAACUGGCAAUCUGCUAAAGGAGCUGGACAAGGACAUUUUCAAGGACAACGAGUACUUGGAGAAGGUAUCCUUCGAGGGGAAUCUACUGACCACCAUUCAAUCGGAGGUAUUUCGAAAUAUGCGGCGCAUCAAGGAAGUGAAUCUGUCCAACAAUCGACUGGUUUUCAUUCACCCGGAUACUUUUGCUGAUGCUGCGAGCUUGGAAAAUCUUGUGCUGUCGUACAAUCAGUUGAAGAACUUUCAGUUGACGGAGAAAAACAUUGUGCACCAGCUUCACUUGGAUAACAACAACCUCACGAAUUUGACCAUUAAUGCCACGAGAUUUGUGAGGGCAAGUCACAAUCAAAUUUCGGAGCUAUACUUGCACCAGAGUUUGCACAUCGAAACCCUGGAUUUGAGUGCCAAUAACUUAACCAGCAUAUCCAAUAUAACUAAUAUCACCUACCUACUCUAUCUGGAUAUUUCGGAAAAUCCCAUUGGUCCUUUAAAUGUCAGCACUUUUUCGCAACUCAAAAGAUUGAGGGGAUUAAAUCUGCGGGGAACUGGAAUUCGAGAGCUCAAGUUUGGAAUGUUUUCGAAGCAGAAAUACUUGGAGGAGCUGGACCUGUCCUUUAACAACAUGACCAGCCUUAAUCUGGAUAUGUUUGUGCCGUAUCUGACCAAUCUGAAAAAGUUCCUGAUCGAUGGAAAUGGGUUGAGUGAGCUGCAGGGAAAUCGGUCCUUUUCCGAUGCCUUUCCGCAGCUCCAGAAAUUGGGAGUCUCAAAGAAUCAUUUCAACUGCUCCUACUUGCACCGCCUGCUCAUUCCACCUUCGUUGCCCGAAUCGGUGGUUCUGAAUAUCGAACCGGACUCCAAUCUGGAGGAGACCCCCCACAUCCGAGAUGUAUCCUGCAUCAGUCAAUCGCAACGAGUGGUAAAUGCCUCCUUCGCCGAAGAGGAAUCCCGUCUGGAAUCGCAGAUCAAGAUGUUGUCGAAGCAGCUGGAAGUUGUGGGAUCGCAUUCGAGGAAUCUGGAACUCCACUUGGCCUUCAUGCAGGUUUUCGCCUACGUGGUGGGUGCCCUGGUUCUGGUGGGCGUGGUGACGGUGAUAGCCCUCCGAUAUCUGAAGAAUCGUCGGUCGGGGCGAUACGAUCGCAGCAGCAUUGUCUUCCGCUCCAAUGCCACAAUGGAAGCUAACCUCAACUUGGAGUAACAUGCAUUUAUUUUCUGAGAAACUAAAGGUUUUUUUCUGAUGUUUGCAUUACAAACUUUUGCUAAAUAAGUUUUAAAAAAAUUCGUCAGCCAAUUAAAUUUUUUUUGUCUCUUCAUAUAUAUAUUCAUUUUAUGUGUUAGUGAAAAAUCUACAAUUUUAAGACAAACGUAGUAAAUAAAUAAUUUGUAGUUUCCAAAGAUCUUUAAAAUAAGAAUAAAUAAAAUCAAACCUUUGUUUACCAAAAAAAA